UGUUCCUGGAUUAUUAUUUGAUUGCAUCAUUUGCAUUCGACAAUGAUUGAUUUGCCACAAGUGUUUGUCUCAAAAGGAUUAGCUUCAAUAUUCACUGGUUUCGGUAUCGGUUUUACGCUCGGUAUAUUUGUUAGAAAUUUAUUUGUUCGAUCAUCAGUGAUUGCCAUCGUGGAUACGAUGGAUUCAUCAUGCACAUCAAAUGCUACCGGUGGUGAUGAAGAAUAUAAAAUGGUUAUGGUCAUACGAAAUGAUCUUAAAAUGGGCAAAGGAAAAGCCUGUGCACAAUGUUCUCAUGCUGCUGUUCUUGCUUAUAAACAAGCCCGAAAAUCAACAAAUUUGAUGAAAAAAUGGUCUGAAUGUGGUCAACGUAAAGUUGUACUAAAAGUGGAUAGUGAAAAAGAAUUAUUGGAUGUUAUGCAUAAUGCACGAAAAAAUGGCCUAAUUAGCGUUCUAAUACAGGAUGCUGGACGAACACAAAUAGAAAGCGGUACGAGAACUGCCAUUGCAAUAGGACCAGCAAAAGGUUCAUUAAUUGAUCAAGUUACUGGGCAUUUAAAACUUUAUUAAUUAAUUUUUUCAUCAAUUAUCCUCAAUUAUUUAUGUUUUUUAUUGCAACAACAAAAAAAAAUUUCAUUUUCUAAAU